CCCUUCCCUAGGUCUGGACCCCGCCCAAGCUCCGGGGAGACCGGCCGGACCACGGGGCCCCGGGGGCUCCGACCCAGACCUAGCGUGGUGAUUCACGCUCGCAGAUUCCCGGGCAACGGUCGGGACGCUCAAAAGAACAAUGGAAUGCGCGGCCGGUCCCUCCCCCUCGGCCCCGUCGUGGGAGCGGCCCUAGUUUCGGGUCGCUGCGGGCCAGCCCCGGGGCCGGGAGCAGCCAGCAUAUAGGGCGCCGCGGUCGGGGACCGUGACGAAAGUGCCGUUCGCAGAGGUCCCGGCGACACGUUUACUUGGCGCGGCCGCCGCCGCUGCCGCGCUGCCUCCCAGGAGCCUCUAUUGUUCCGGCGGCGGCGGCGCGGCCCGGGGCCUCGGGGGGACCGGAGAGCGCGGGGCCCGGGGGGGGAGCCGACGGCCCGGCCCCUGCAGCGGGCGGAGUCGCCGGAAGCCCGGCGAGGGGGCGGCCGCCGGACCUGCAGAAAACGCCGGGAGUCCCGAAGACCGGAGGAGCGCCCCAUCCCAGGGCCGGCGUCGAGAGAGCGAGUGGGCAGCGGGAGGCUGGGGGCCCCGACCGGGGAAGCCCGAGCUCCAGAGCCCGCUCAGAGCCACGGGGCCCCGGACUCUCCAUCCCUUCCGCUCCUUCCCUUCGGGCCCGGGACAAGACCUGGACGCCGGCGAUGACUCGGGACUUCGGGCCGUCGAUGUGACAGAAUGGGGGUGGACUUCGACGUGAAGACUUUUUGCCACAACCUGCGGGCCACCAAGCCCCCCUAUGAGUGCCCGGUGGAGACCUGCCGCAAAAUCUACAAGAGUUACAGUGGCAUCGAGUAUCACCUCUACCACUACGACCAUGACAACCCACCCCCGCCCCAACAGACGCCCAUCCGGAAGCACAAGAAGAAGGGACGCCAGUCACGCUCGGCCAACAAACAGUCGCCCAGCCCCUCGGAGAUCUCGCAGUCCCCAGGCCACGAGGUAAUGACCUACGCCCAAGCUCAGCGCAUGGUGGAGGUGGACUUGCACGGCCGGGUGCACCGCAUCAGCAUCUUCGACAACCUGGACGUGGUGUCGGAGGACGAGGAGGCUCCCGAGGAGGUGCCCGAGAACGGCAGCAACAAGGAGAACACCGAGACGCCCACGGCCACCCCCAAGGUGGGCAAGCACAAGAACAAGGAGAAGCGCAAGGACUCCAAUCAUCACCACCAUCACCACCAUCACCACCACCACCACAAUGCUUCAGCUGGCACUACCCCAAAGCUCCCUGAGGUGGUGUACCGGGAGCUAGAGCAGGACACUCCAGACGCCCCACCGCGUCCAACCUCUUACUAUCGGUACAUUGAGAAGUCAGCCGAGGAGCUGGACGAGGAAGUGGAGUAUGACAUGGAUGAGGAGGACUACAUUUGGCUGGACAUCAUGAACGAGCGUCGGAAGACCGAAGGGGUGAGUCCCAUCCCCCAGGAGGUCUUUGAGUACCUGAUGGACCGGCUCGAGAAGGAGUCGUACUUCGAGAGCCACAACAAAGGGGACCCGAGCACCCUGGUGGACGAAGAUGCCGUGUGCUGCAUCUGCAACGACGGCGAGUGCCAGAACAGCAACGUCAUCCUCUUCUGCGACAUGUGCAACCUGGCCGUUCACCAGGAGUGCUAUGGCGUCCCUUACAUCCCCGAGGGCCAGUGGCUCUGCCGCCGCUGUCUGCAGUCCCCUUCCCGGGCUGUGGACUGCGCCCUCUGCCCCAACAAAGGGGGCGCCUUCAAGCAGACCGACGACGGGCGCUGGGCCCACGUGGUGUGUGCCCUGUGGAUCCCCGAGGUCUGCUUUGCCAACACCGUGUUCCUGGAGCCCAUCGACAGCAUCGAGCACAUCCCUCCCGCCCGCUGGAAACUGACUUGUUACAUCUGUAAGCAGCGGGGUUCGGGGGCCUGCAUCCAGUGCCACAAGGCCAACUGCUACACCGCCUUCCACGUGACCUGUGCCCAGCAGGCCGGCCUCUACAUGAAGAUGGAGCCCGUCCGAGAAACCGGCGCCAACGGCACCUCUUUCAGCGUGCGCAAGACAGCCUACUGUGACAUCCACACCCCGCCCGGCUCCGUGCGCCGUCUGCCCGCCCUCUCCCACAGCGAGGGAGAGGAGGAGGAGGAAGAGGAGGAAGAGGAGGGCAAGGGCUGGAGCUCGGAGAAGGUGAAGAAGGCCAAGGCCAAGUCGAGGAUCAAAAUGAAGAAAGCCCGGAAGAUCCUGGCCGAAAAGCGAGCCGCGGCCCCCGUGGUGUCGGUGCCCUGCAUCCCCCCUCACAGGCUCAGCAAGAUCACCAACCGCUUAACUAUCCAGAGGAAGAGCCAGUUCAUGCAGCGGCUACACAGUUACUGGACGCUGAAGCGGCAGUCCCGGAACGGGGUGCCCCUGUUGCGCCGCCUGCAGACCCACCUCCAAUCCCAGAGGAACUGCGACCAGCGCGAUUCCGAGGACAAAAACUGGGCCUUGAAAGAACAGCUGAAAUCAUGGCAGCGUCUCCGUCACGACCUGGAGCGAGCCCGGCUGUUGGUGGAACUUAUCCGCAAGCGGGAGAAACUCAAGAGAGAGACGAUUAAGGUGCAGCAGGUGGCCCUGGAGAUGCAGCUGACUCCCUUCCUCAUCCUCCUUCGCAAGACCCUGGAGCAGCUCCAGGAGAAGGACACAGGCAACAUAUUCAGCGAGCCAGUCCCUCUGUCUGAGGUAACAGAAAUCUACGAAGUUCCCGACUACCUCGACCACAUCAAGAAGCCAAUGGACUUUUACACCAUGAAGCAGAACCUGGAGGCUUAUCGCUACCUGAACUUUGAUGAGUUUGAGGAGGACUUUAACCUGAUUGUCAGCAACUGCCUCAAGUACAAUGCCAAGGAUACCAUCUUCUAUCGGGCGGCAGUGCGGUUGCGGGAGCAGGGGGGAGCUGUGCUGCGCCAGGCCCGCCGCCAGGCUGACAAGAUGGGCAUUGACUUCGAGACAGGCAUGCACUUCCCCCACUGCCUUCCCGGCGACGAGGCCCUGCUCCAUGCUGAGGACGAGGAAGAGCGGCUGCUGCUGUCGGAGAACCAGAAACACCUCCCGCUGGAGGAGCAGCUGAAGCUCCUGCUGGAGCGGCUGGACGAGGUGAACACCGGCAAACAGAGCGUCAGCCGCUCUCGCCACGCCAAGAUGAUCAAGAAAGAGAUGACCAUGCUGCGCAGGAAGCUAGCCCACCAGCGGGAGACCAGCCGGGACGGGCUGGAGCGGCAUGGCUCAGCGGGGAGGGGCACCCUGAAGUAUCACACCCCCUGCGAAAAGGAUGGACAGACGGACAGUGCAGCAGAGGAGAGCAGCAGCCAGGAGACGGGCAAAGGUCUGGGCCCCAAUUCAUCCUCAACCCCGGCACAUGAGGUUGGCAGAAGGACCUCUGUCCUGUUUUCCAAGAAAAACCCCAAGACAGCCGGACCUCCCAAGCGUCCAGGACGGCCCCCCAAGAACCGGGAUGGCCAGCUCGCCCCCGGCCAUGGAAACAGCCCCGUGGGGCCCCCCCAGCUCCCCGUCAUGGGGUCCCAGCGACAGCGUAAGAGGGGGAGGAGCCCCCGGCCCAGUUCAAGCUCCGACAGUGACAGCGACAAGUCCACUGAGGACCCCCCAAUGGACUUACCGGCCAACGGCUUCAGCACGGGGAACCAGCCUGUGAAGAAGAGUUUCCUGGUGUACCGCAACGACUGCAGCUUGCCCCGCAGCAGCUCUGACUCUGAGUCCAGCAGCAGCAGUAGCAGCAGCGCCGCCUCAGACCGCACCAGCACCACACCCUCCAAGCAGGGCCGGGGCAAACCCUCCUUCUCCCGGGGGGCCUUCCCGGAGGACAGCAGCGAGGACACCUCGGGCACGGAGAAUGAAUCUUACUCUGUGGGCGCUGGGCGCGGAGUGGGGCACGGCAUGGUGAGAAAAAGUCUGGGCCGGGGCGCUGGCUGGCUGUCAGAGGAUGAGGACUCCCCGCUGGAUGCCCUGGACCUGGUGUGGGCGAAGUGUCGGGGAUACCCCUCGUACCCAGCGCUGAUCAUUGACCCGAAGAUGCCACGGGAGGGCAUGUUUCAUCACGGGGUGCCUAUUCCGGUGCCCCCACUGGAGGUGUUGAAGCUUGGGGAACAGAUGACCCAGGAAGCCCGGGAGCACCUCUACCUCGUCCUCUUCUUUGACAACAAGCGAACCUGGCAGUGGCUCCCCCGGACCAAGUUGGUACCGCUGGGUGUCAACCAGGACUUGGACAAAGAGAAGAUGCUGGAAGGUCGCAAGUCCAACAUCCGCAAAUCAGUGCAAAUCGCCUAUCACCGGGCCCUGCAGCACCGCAGCAAGGUCCAAGGCGAGCAGAGCAGUGAGACCAGUGAUAGUGACUAGUGCUGCCAGGUGCAGCGUGCCGCCACCACUCCCCGUCCUGCCCCCCCACCCCCCCACACACACACUCCCUCCCUUCCCCUCCCCAUUUCAGGACUGCGCUCUCAGCCUCAACACUGACUCAUCGCUGGCCUCGGCCAGUCUCAGGGGAAGCUGGGCAGGGAGCCCUGCUCUGGGUGCAGCUGGACUGUACGGGACACUCCAUAGGAUUAGGGCCCAGAGCUGCCCCUGACGGAGGAGAGGGGACCCACCCCAAAAGUGGGGGAGGGUGUCUCCCAGCCCCGCAGGGGGUGCAGGCGGGCCCUGACCAGGGACCACUUUCCCUGGGCCCGGACUCGCCCCGCGGCGAGAUUUGCGAUGGGCAUUGCAGUCGCUGUUUUAGGCAUCUAGUGGCUUGACGCACCGGCAGGUGAGGCAAAUCACUAGAUCCCGCCCCAUAGGGGGAGUUUUUAAUCGUCACCAGGCCUUGCAUAGGAACGCCGGUGGGGGGCACGGGCCGGGCGUGCCUGGGCUCCCCUCGGUUGCUGUAUAUACUGUAACUAGUGGAGAAUUUAAAUUAUUCUCAUUUGUAACCGCGUUUCCACGUCGCAUAAGGAUCAUUUGGUACUAAACAGAGUCUGGGGUCCGUCCCCAUUCCCUCCUCCUUCCCCAUAGCCCCUACCCCUCAAAUUGAUUUGUAUUUAUUGCGGAGGAAGGAAAUAUAUUGAUUCUUAGAGAAUAAAGUCUAUUUGGAAUCAGUGGAUCCUG